CUCUUUGAUGACAAUAUACUCGCUUUAUAUUCUAAACAAGGCGGGAGGGUUGAUCUAUCAGACAGACCCGUGUCCAGGCCUCAACAAACUCUCCGCGAAUGAGUAUCUUGUGCUAGCGGGAACUCUCCACGGGGUGCACGCGAUUGCGUCGCGGAUCUCGCCAACGGCACCCACGCCUAACACCGGGUUUUUUGGUACUGGCAAGGCGGUUGCGGGAAACUGCAACACAUCGGGUUUGAAGUCGCUCGAGACGGACGCGUUCGCAAUGUACGUGUUCCAGACGGUGACUGGGCUCAAGUUCGUGCUCGUUACCGCACCCGGGACGCGUGCGCAGGCGGACGCGGCGGAGCUGGUGUUGUGUCGGAUCUACGAAUGUUACGCGGACUACGUGAUGAAGAACCCGUAUUAUUCGUUGGACAUGCCAAUCCGGUGCGACAUGUUUGACGAGAAGGUUGUGGAGGUUACCCAGGUUGUUGUUUAGCUAUAAACUCCGCAGGAACAGAUGGGUUCCUUGGAAGUUAAAGCAUCGAAUUCUGGCCAAAGUUACGCAUGACGCGAACGCAACGCUGCCAAAGCUGCGUCGGUUAUCAGUCCCCAUGGCCUUCUGCGGGCGAGCCCCUAUAAGUUGGGUGCUUACUAUGCUGUUUAGACACAGAUAGUGUGUAUUAAUACAUUUUAGUGUGACUUUAGACACGGGUGGCUUUGAUUAAUAUAUAUCAAGUGAGA